CUCUCAUCGACGGCUUGUGAGUUUGUCUAUCUUGGUUAUAGCCAGAUCGCGGCUAUGCUAUUUUAAGAUUUUUGUUGGUUAGGUUUCACUGAUGUUUUCGGAUUUCCUGAUUUUACGCAUUUUAUUACAGAGACAUUGAUAUUAGUGCAAUGGCUGAUAACAAGCAGUAUGGUCUGAUUUUGCCAAAGAAGCAACAGCAGAAAAUAACACCUAAACUCGUUAAUGUUUUCGGAGAUGAUAAUGCUUCUGAUGAGGAUGAUGCCACUGAUUGGGUUCGGAAGGCUCUUCAAGCAGAAGGUGAAAAGAACAAGAUGAAAAGACAAACAAAACUUGACAUACAGAAAGCAUUAAACGAAGACCCAACAAUUUAUCAGUACGAUGAAGUAUACGACACUAUGGAACAAACCAAAAAUAAAGUAGACGUCAACAAGCAUAAAGACAAGAAACCUAGGUAUAUAGAAAAUUUGUUAAAAACAGCUGAGCGAAGGAAAAAAGAACAGGAACAUAGAAUAGAAAGAAUGGUACAGAAAGAACGUGAAGCAGAAGGUGAGAUGUAUGCAGAUAAGGAGAGCUUUGUCACAUCAGCAUAUAGAGCAAAGCUGGAAGAAUUCAAGAAGAUUGAAGAAGAGGAGAACAAAAUGAGCAGAUUAGAAGCUAUUGGUGAUGUAACAAAACAACAAGAUAUGUCUGGAUUUUAUCGUCAUCUGUAUGAACAGACUGUUAAUUAUCAGGAUCAGAGCAAUGAUGAUGAAAGUUGUAAGAAAAAGGAAAAGGACACUGAACUGAGAGAAUCAAAAAUGCUAGCAAAUAGUACAGAUGAAGCAAGAGAAAAUACAACAAUGAAUAAGGCGACAAAUACAACAGAUGAAAAAUUGAAAGCAUCUGCAAAACAUAGAAAGCCAAGGCAAUACAGACAAAGAGCAAUGGAGACCUAUGAAUCGGAUUCAGAAAGUGAAACAAGCAAAGAGAAAUUACAACAAAAUCAAACUGUCACUUCAUCAAUAAAUAAAGAUACUGAUAAAUCAGAAAUACAAGAACAAGAGAGAAAGAAACCAAAAAAUGAUGUGAAUGAUGUGGAAACAAAUAAAUGUACUACAGAUACAAAAAAUAAAGAUUCAAAUGUGAAAGAAGUUAAAACAGUCCAAGAUAGUAAGACAACUGUUUCAGAGAAUGAAGUAGUUGUAACAGAAAAAAAACCUAUUGAAAAGAAGGAUAGGUCCUCUAUCUGGAAGAAAAGAACAAUAGGUCCAGCAUUUGAAGCAGCAUUACAGAGAUAUUAUGCGAGGAAGGCAACUAAGCUGGUUGCAAUAUAAUUUUAGAUGUAUAUACGAUAUAAUUUUAAGUGUAAUUAAAUUAUAAAUAUUUUAUCAUUACAAUCAUAAUAUACUUUUUCUGUUUCUAUAUUAACUAAAAUAUAGUUUAUAAAUAUUGCCUCUUGUUCCUAAUUCCUAGAUGGUCAAAUCAAAAUAAAAUUAUUUGAAUUUUAAACA